UGUAUUGGUGAAUAAGGUAAAACAAAAGGAUGACCGAAAACGUUGCUCCAUUUCCUCAGACGAAGAAAAAAGUGCUACUGAUAGGCCAUUCGUUCGCUCGACGUGCGGGAAAGUUGUGUCCUUAUAAAUCAGGGAAUGUAGUUAUCAACACUAGUGGUGUGUCCGGUGGAGGAGUGAAGGACCUGAGUCAUACUUGGGACGAAGUUUGCGAAGAAAUGAAACCGGAUAUAGUUUAUAUCCAAUCUGGUGAAAAUGACAUCGGAACAUUACCAUGGAAAAACAUUGCCGAAGCUCUCUUCCGGUUUGCAGAGACAGUAAGCAGCGAAAAGGUUAAGGUCGUUAUCGGCAGCAAGUUUAAACGAUACAAGUUUAGAAAUCCCGUGAUGAACUUGGCCAAAUAUAAUACGUAUCGAAAACAGAUAAAUAGAUAUCUAAAGGAGAAGUGUCGUGAAACAAAGGGGACGUCGAAACAUGUCUGGUUCUGUAGAAUGUUCAAACCUUACCAGCAAAAGGAUCGAUUUUUGGAAGAUGGUGUCCAUCUGACUCCAGCGACAGAACUACUUUGGGUGAAAAUGAUCGCAACGUAUUGUAAUAAGAAAUUAACAUAAAAUAUGUCAGUGACUCAUAAUUCCCAUUUUGUCAGUUAAUGUUUGCUCAUGGGUUGCCGUUCUGUUGGAAAUUGAUCCGUGGAACUCGUUUGCUUUAAUGGAUUUCUCCACAAGAGACUCGGCCUAUUUGCCAUUUUUCAUUGUUAUUUCGUUUGUUUAUCCGUAUAAAAAAUAAAAUGAAAUAAGUUCU